AUAGCCGCUUGUUUUCGUGCGUGCUGCAACGUCAAGUGUCGAAUACCCCAGGCGGUCAACGCUUCGAGGCGCACCCACCAUCUACUCGAGCCCCCAUUCCAUCCGAUUGAGCUGCAGGCUGGAUGACCACUGACAGCAUUUAUUAGUUCUGGGCACUAUGUCUGCCGUGACAACCACGACUACGAACAACGAGAAACAGAGCGUGCAACCCCCCACCGAUCGCCAGGCUUCUGACGUCCAAGACACAGUUGGCCCUGACGUGAGUGCGAGCAACCAAGAUCGCGGACUGCUCAGAGUGCCAUCGCGCUCGUCUUCCCACAAACAGUCGUCGCCCGCCUCUACAGGACUCAGUGGGCAGACGAUAAGCGACUCAAGGACAAGUCUCGACGGCCAGUCGCGCACUUCGAAGCGCAGCUUCCUUGGUCGUCAACGCAACGGCAGCACAUCCAGCAAGCGCACCGGUGACAACAGCGACACGAUGAAUUCGACAGGAAACACAGCGCCCAGCUCGCCAGCUCAGAAGAGGAAGAAGAAGAGCGGUGGUUUCCUAUCCUUCUUGGGCUGCUGCGGGGCUCCCGAUUCUGGCAACAACGCGGAAGGGGAAACCGAGAACGUCCAUAAGCUUGACAAGCUCCCGCAAAGGCCAGCCACUGCCAAGUCAAGGACGCAGACCCCCCAGGAUGCGAAAGAUGCCAGGUCGGCGGAUCCGAAGGAGGGCGAGCAACCGUCGCACGCCGUCGAGGACAACCACACGCCUGCGGCGGAUGAUGGUGAUAGGAUAGCUCCUGUCGAAGGCAGCUCGAGCAAAAUCGCUGCUCCUGCUGUCACGAUAGAGCCCCCUCAAGCGCAAACGCACAAUGGCGAGUCAGCUAGCAAGCAUGCGGCCGCCGAGGAUAUCUCGAUGCGCGAUGCUCCCGUAGACGAAUCCGCCAACGGAGCAGUUGUGACGGCUGCGCCGGAGACCAAGGAGACAAUCCCGCCUCCACCGCCACCUAUUGUCCCUGCCACAACAACAAUUACGCUUGCAGAGCCCCAGCAAGCUCUGCUGCCGCCGUUGGCUCCUGCGCUCAAGGGGAGAAAGUGUCUUGUCUUGGAUCUCGACGAGACGCUUGUCCACAGUUCGUUUAAGAUACUACACCAAGCGGACUUUACGAUUCCUGUGGAGAUUGAGGGAAACUACCAUAAUGUGUAUGUCAUCAAGCGCCCCGGCGUCGAUGAGUUCAUGAAAAGGGUUGGUGAGCUGUACGAAGUCGUUGUCUUCACGGCUUCCGUCUCUAAGUACGGCGACCCGCUUCUGGACCAGCUGGACAUCCAUAAGGUCAUUCACCAUCGGCUGUUCAGAGAGAGCUGCUACAACCACCAAGGCAACUAUGUGAAAGACCUUUCGCAGAUUGGUCGCGACCUCAAAGACACGAUCAUCAUCGAUAACUCGCCCACCUCGUACAUCUUCCACCCUCAGCACGCCGUGCCUAUCAGCAGCUGGUUCUCCGAUGCCCACGACAACGAGCUGCUGGACUUGAUCCCCGUGCUCGAGGAUCUUGCAGGGUCGACAGUGGCCGAUGUCAGUCUUGUUCUUGACGUCACUCUUUGACGGAUACCACACAGCGAUUUCUUUACUACCUACUUGGCAACGCCGUUUGAAAAGAAAGCGCACGCACACAGAUCAGCCCACGGA